CGGAACUGCACCCGCGCUCGCAGCCGGGAGCUGGCAGCUCGGAGCUCAGCGCUCGCUUCCCCGCGCUGCCGCCGCCGCCGCCGCCGCCCGCCCGCCCGCCCUCGGCGCGCCGCCGCCCCGCUCCUCUGCGGUCCCUGCAGCCGGCCCGAAGCGCGCUCUUCCGUCGCUACGAGCCCCGCAUCCCCCUUGCGGCACCGCGGCGAUGGCCACCAAGAUCGACAAAGAGGCUUGCCGGACGGCGUACAACCUGGUGCGCGACGACGGCUCGGCAGUCAUCUGGGUGACUUUUAAAUAUGACGGCUCCACCAUCGUCCCCGGCGAGCAGGGAGCGGAGUACCAGGACUUCAUCCAACAGUGCACGGAUGACAUCCGAUUGUUCGCUUUCGUGCGCUUCACCACCGGGGACGCGAUGAGCAAGAGGUCCAAGUUCGCUCUCAUCACGUGGAUUGGCGAGAACGUCAGCGGGCUGCAGCGCGCCAAGACCGGCACGGACAAGACCCUGGUGAAGGAGGUGGUACAGAAUUUUGCCAAAGAGUUUGUGAUCAGUGAUCGGAAGGAGCUGGAGGAAGAUUUCAUCAAGAGCGAGCUCAAGAAGGCGGGGGGAGCCAAUUACGAUGCCCAGACGGAGUAACCCCUGCGCACCCCGCCCCUUGCCGAAGUCAUCUGCCUGCUCCCCGGGGGAGGGGACCGCGGCCUCAGCUACCAGCCCACCAGCCCAGGGAGAGGAGACGCAAUGCGAGGCAACGCCCGCCACCCCGCCGAAAACCCAGCUCCCCUCCCCACUUCCCUUGUGCACCUGCUGUGUCCUAGCCCAUGAAGCUCAUGCAACAUCUUUCUUUCCUCUUUGUUUUCUUUCUCUCCCCCCCCUUUCUUGUUCUAAAGAAAAAUCAUUUUGAUGCCAAGGUCACGCACAUCAUCCGAUCAGAGGUGCCUCCCGUGGUGACCCUUGCCUGGUAUUUCUCUGACGCACAAGCAGCCUGCCCGGCCUCACCCGCCAACCUCAUGUCGCCUCUGGCGCCUGGGCCGUGGCCGCGAUCUCGGUUUUCUUUGCGGCCUGCCUGCUUCCCGCUGAGGAGGCAGGAGCUGUGCCCUCAACGGCGGCCUCCACAAGCACACACGUGUCCCGCUGGCCAGGCUCACGCCCCCGAGAGUCGCUCCAGAGCCCCGAGCUCACCCCCCCAUCAGAGACGGUGCUCGGUGGAGAGAUGUGCAGGCCUGACUCAGACCAAAAGAGACGAGAGAAAAUUUGCCUUAAAACUUGCCUGGCUUUGCCACCGGUCUGAAGUGGCCCGUUGAUCGAAAUCUAACGAUGGCAUGGAGUGGGGGCAAAGGCCUAAGUCCAGAUUCAACAGGAGGAGUCCUUCAGGGUUCACGUCUUGGGCUCCCCAUGGGAUGACAUUAGGGAGAGAGGCCAGGGUGCGGGAUGGGCAUUCAGGUCCAGCUGGUCCUCUGCCCGACGGCAAGAACAGCAGGGGACAGAGCGUGUGCAGCGGGAGCCCCGCCCUCGCGGGACCAGAAAGUCUGUGGUUUUAAUCCUCGGUGGCACCACACCGGCGAAAGGGUUUUUUUUUCAAAGAAAGAUGAGAUUGGCUUGGUUCUUCAUGAGCACGUUUGGUAGCGUUCUCUUUCUUUUUUCCUUGUUCAUUUCGUUGGGGGAAGUCUGUGCUGUGUUGGGGUCGUGAAGAGCGUCUGCACUCGAAACGGUUUACAGAAAUAAAUGGUUUUUUGUUUUUCAAAAAA